AGAAAACUUGUAGAAAUGGAUAAGAAUUUAAAGCAGGAAUCUUAAAAUAUUUAUAUUUCACAUAUCUGUAUAAUGUGCCAAUAAAUUUUAUAACGUUAUGACGUGGUUAAGAAUUGCAAGAGUAUAAAAAAACCUUAAUACAUUAAUAAUUGUGAACCUACGGAGUGUUCUUGCUAAACGUCAAUCCAAAUUGAAUCAAAAAUAACUCUCAUUAAGAUUAUAUGUAAGAGAACAAUUCCAUAUCAAUACAUGUAUAUGUAUUGUACUAUAUCUAUUGUUUAUCAAUAUAAAUAUAUUAUAUUUUUCGUAAGCACCAAAUUUGAUUUACUUAGCUCUUAUGAGAACAAGCCAUCCUAUCACAGAAUAAAAAUGACAACAAAAGGCUUUUUAAUGCUUUCACAUCAUAAUAUUGUGCUUAGUAUAUUAGCCUUGACAAGUUUUGUUGCUUUGGCAUUAUGUGAAAGUAUACCAACACAAAAUAUGUCCCGGAAGGAGCGCAAAGAGUUGCGGAAAGAAGCGCGUGAUAUGUUUCAUCACGCAUACCGAGCGUAUAUGGACAACGCCUACCCUGCUGAUGAAUUAAUGCCACUUUCCUGCAAGGGCAGAUAUCGAGGUGUUACACCUUCCCGAGGUGAUAUGGAUGACAUUUUGGGAAAUUUUUCCAUGACUUUGGUUGAUUCCAUGGACACAUUGGUAUUGCUUGAAGAUUUCAAUGAAUUCGAAAAAGCUGUUCGAUUAGUAAUACAAGAUGUACAAUUCGAUAGCGAUAUAAUAGUUUCCGUUUUCGAAACAAAUAUACGCAUGGUGGGUGGCUUACUUUCAGCGCAUGUUUUGUCAGAGCACAUCCAAAAAAAUCGUGGUAUAAUGCUUUGGUACAACGGCGAAAUGUUGGAAAUGGCGCGUGAUCUAGGAUAUCGCUUACUGCCAGCUUUUAACACAUCCACAGGAAUACCACAUGCGCGAGUAAAUCUGCGUCAUGGCAUGAAAGAUGAACAGCUGAAAAAGUCACGCGAAACCUGUACAGCAUGUGCGGGGACUAUUUUACUGGAAUUCGCGGCUUUAUCUCGUUUGUCUGGUGAUCCUAUAUUUGAAGCACGUGCUCAUACAGCCAUGGAUGCACUUUGGAAACUACGGCAUAGGGGCUCGGAUUUAAUGGGAACCGUACUAAACGUUCAUUCGGGAGAUUGGGUACGUCGUGAUUCAGGUGUAGGAGCCGGUAUUGAUUCUUACUAUGAAUAUUUAUUUAAAUCUUACGUUCUACUCGGUGAUGAUAAAUAUUUGGCUCGCUUUAAUCGCCACUACAAUGCAGUAAUGAAAUAUGUUAGCGAAGGACCAAUGCUUUUGGAUGUACUCAUGCAUAGGCCUCACGCAAAGUCAAGAAAUUUUAUGGACUCAUUAUUGGCUUUUUGGCCUGGCCUCCAAGUUCUAUCCGGAGACAUUAAGCCAGCUGUUCAAACACACGAAAUGCUUUAUCAAGUAAUGCAAAUGCACACAUUCAUACCAGAAGCUUUCACUGUUGAUUUCCAAAUUCACUGGGGACAACACCAUCUUCGGCCCGAGUUCAUAGAAUCAACAUAUUUUCUGUUCCGUGCUACGGGUGAUCACCAUUAUCUCCAAGUGGGCAAAAAGGCAUUAAAAACACUUCAGAAAUAUGCAAAGGUCCCAUGUGGAUAUGCGGCUGUAAACGAUGUUCGCACUGGAAAACAUGAAGAUCGAAUGGACUCUUUUGUACUCUCAGAAACAUUUAAAUAUUUGUAUUUGUUAUUUUCGGAGCCGAAUGAUUUAGUAGUUGAUGUCGACGAAUUUGUUUUCACCACAGAGGCACAUCUGCUACCACUAACUAUUGCACAGCUGGGGAACACAACAUUCAGUUUUAGGCAAACUGAUGAACAUAACGUUCUGGACUUUAUGCGAACUUGUCCGAACUCCAAUAAACUUUUUCCGGAAAAAGUACGGAAACCAUUGCGAAAUUUUAUUACGGGUUCCUGCCCCCGGAUACCUACUGGGAAGCGAUUACGUGCUUUGGAUUUUCAAGCAAGUAAUGCAGAUCAUUUGCGAGCUAUUUACGACAUGGGCAUCACAAUGGUGUCCUUAGGUGAUGGCAAGGUGCGCCUCUUUCAUAGUUUUUAUAACGCAAAAAGUCCUGAUGAUGGAGAAAUGGGUUUACUGUUUAUGCAAGAAAUGCUGGAGCUGACCAAAAUACAAAAUAUGAAUCAACUGGCACAACUUCAGGCAGUUGCAUAUUCACUAGAUGAGAAGUCCACUGACUGGACUGCUUUGAUGGCUGGUCCAUCACAUUUCAGUCCAGAACUAACGGGAGAUCGAUUUGUCGAAGGUGAAUUGGUUGUAGCAACACCACUCCGGGCUUGUGAGGAGCCUUCCAACAAGGCUGAAAUAAGUGGCAAAAUCCUAGUUGCUGAAAGAGGAGAUUGCACAUUUGUCAGCAAAGCGCGUCUGGCUCAAGCAGCGGGUGCCCUUGCAUUAAUUGUUUGUGAUAAUGUACCGGGAUCCUCCGGAGAGACACAACCAAUGUUCGCCAUGUCUGGAGAUGGCACUAACGAUGUAACAAUACCAGUCGUAUUUAUGUAUUCGCAAGAGUUUAAUAAACUCUCUAACGUUAUGAAAGAUAAACCAAAAGUCAUCGUGAGAAUUAUGCAAAUGAUCGAGUUUAAACGUUGGCAACUCGCAAGGGAUUCAACAAAAACAACGACAACAAAAAACUACCACAUUUCAAUUAACACCAAACUAUCAAAACCUACAUCGUCUAAUAAUAAUGCUGCUGAGGCAACAGCAAAAUCAGACAACAUUAAAGAUGAUCUAUAGUGUUGAUAACAAUAUAUACUUACUAAAACUCAAUUAAUUUUAAGAAUUAAGGAAUUUGAAUGCCCAAAAUGAUUUAAAUAUUUUUGUUUGAAUAUAUAAAUAUAUUUUGUGGAGGGUGGAUAAAAAUUUUUUACAAUAAAAAAGCUAGUUUUUUCUAAUCCAAACUAUACAAUUAAACAUUCUAGGUCGCUAAUAGUAAAAAUGUUCAAAGUGAUGAAGUGAAAAAAACUUAUUUAUUCAAAGAAAAUAAACUAUUUUUAGUCCAACGUCAAACUCUUUUGUUUGAAUUCAGAAUAAUUCUUGUAAAUACAUAUAUGAAACAUAUUAUGCAAUAGCGAAUUGUAUAUUAAUGUUUGCACAUAGUCAUGUUAGGACAUUAUCAACGAAUGGUUGCUAAUUGUAAUUUUUAAAUAUACAUAUAUUGUAAUUAAUAACAGUUAAUCAGUAGAAUUGUAAAUUUUUUAAAGCUUAAGUAACACCUCACGAACUUUGUAUAAAUAUUAACGGGGUGAACAUAUGUGUUGAGGUCCUAAGUAAUGUUAUAGUCAUAAUGCCGUUUAAAAUAUUUCAAACGGAAUGAAAUGUAAUUAUUUAUAACAUACCAUUAAAUAUGCUUUAAUAUACAAGAAAGUAACUAAAUUAAAGCUUUUAUAUAGAACAACUAAA